AUGGGCGACAGCUACCACCGCGUCGUCCUGCCCCUGGGCCAGGACCCGUGGCUGUCUGACACCUACAUCAACUCCUCGGGCCACAUCAGGCUGGGGACUGUCUUCAUGGAUCUGGACGCUCUCUCGGGCGUCAUCGUCUACAAGCACACCGGGCCGGGCAUGACCACCGUCACCUACGCCUCGGGCAGGAGCAGCGUUGAGAUCACCUGCCGCGUUGCCCGAGCCCGCCCCGAGGGCGAGCCCACCAGGCCCGAGGACGAGCUGCUUACCUGCACCUUUACCAUGGUCGCCCUGGAUCCCGAGACCAAGAAGCCUGUCAACAUCCCCGCUCUCGUCUGCGAGACGCCAGAGGAGGAGGCAAUCUUCAAGGCCGGCGAGGCCAAGUCGCUGGCAAAGAAGAAGAUGAGCAAGACGUCCCUGCUGGCCACCGAGCCCAACGAUCCCGAGUCGGCCUUGAUCCAUAGCAUCUGGCUCAGGCAGCUGCGCUACCACGACCCCAACGACAGCUUGCGCCAGCCCGCAAACGUCGUCCCCAUGAGCACCACACAACUGUCCACGGCCGCAAUCAUGCAGCCACAGUACAGGAACAGACACCAGACCAUGAUCUUUGGUGGCUUCCACCUGAAGCAGACCUUCGAACUGGCCUUUUGCUGUGCCGCCAGUUUCGCCCACGCGCGUCCUACAUUCAUCAGUGCCGAUCCCUGUACUUUCAGGAACCCCGUCCCCGUGGGCAGCGUCUUGUAUUUACGCGCAACUAUCGCUUAUACCGACCCACCACUGCUGGAGGAAGGCGGCAGUGAGCCACAGCACAGAGAUCCCAAGCAGCCCGUGACGCGGGUGCAUGUGAGAGUUGACAGCAAGGUCAGAGGGCAGUUCAAUUACACGUUCUCGGUGCCCAAAGACGUCAAAGUGUUGCCGCACACAUACCAGGAGUACAUGAUGUACAUUGACGCGAGACGGAGGGUCAAGCUUGGGGACAUACAGUCCCGCCAGGAGCGCAGCGACUCGACACAGGAGCAAAGGCAGCUGGCCGAGGACGCCAAUCUCACCGAGUGA